GUAUAUAUAUACACACACAUACACACACACACAUAUAUAUAUAUACCACAUCUUCUUUAUCCAUUCAUCUGAUAAGACAUUUGCAAAUAUCUUCUCCCAUUCCGUAGGUUGCCUUUUAGUUUUGCGGACCUUUUCCUUUGCUGUGCAGAAGCUUUUUCUCUUGAUGAAGUUGCAAUAGUUCAUUUUUGCUUUUGCUCCCUCGCCUUUGUAGAUGUAUGUAGCAAGUAGUCGCUGCGGUUGAGGUCGAAGAACUUCCUGCCUGUGUUCUCCUCUAGGAUUUUGAUGGAUUCCUGUCUCACAGUAAGGUCUUCCAUCCAUCUUGAGUUUAUCUUUGUGUAUGGUGCCAAAAAAUGGUCCCGUUUUAUUCUUCUACAUGUGGCUGUCCAGUUUUCCCAGUACCAUUUAUUGAAGAGACUGUCCUUUUUCCACUGGAUAUUCUUUCCUGCUUUGUCGAAGAUUAGUUGACCAUAGAGUUGAGGGUCCAUUUCUGGGUUCUGUCUUCUGUUCCGUUGAUCCAUGUGUCUGUUUUUGUGCCAGAACCAUACUGUCUUGAUGAUUACAGCUUUGUACUCUAGCUUGAAGUCUGGCAUUGUGAUGCCACUAGCUUUGGUUUUCGUUAUCAACAUUCCUCUGGCCAUUCGGGGUCUUCUCUGGUUCCAUACACAUUUUAGGAUGAUUUGUUACAGUCUGUGAAAAAAGUUGAUGGUAUUUUGAUGGGGAUCUCAUCGAAUGGUUCGAUUACUCUGUGUAGACAUUUUAACAGUGUUUUUCCAAUCCAUGAGCAUGGAACGUUGUUUCAUUUCUUUGUGUCUUCCUCAAUUUCUUUGCUAAGUGUUGUGUAGUUUUUGGAGUACAGAUCCUUUACGUCUUUGGUUAGGUUUAUUCUUAGGUAUCUUAUGGGUUUCAGUGCAUUUGUAAAUGGGAUCGAUUCCUUCAUUUCUCGUUCUUCUGUCUCAUUGUUAGUGUAUGGAAAUGCAACUCAUUUCUGUGCAUUGAUUUUAUAUCCUGCUGAAUUCUUGUAUGAGUUCUAGCAAUUUUGGGGUGGUGUUUUGGGUUUUCCACAUAAAGUAUCAUGUCAUCUGCAAAGAGUGAGAGUUUGACUUCUUUGCUCAGUCGGAUGCCUUUGAUUUCUUUUUUGUUGUUUUCUGAUUGCUGAGGCUAGGACUUCUCUAGUUGAAGAACUGCGGUGAGAGUGGGCCUCCCUGUCAUGUUCCUGACCUUAGAGGAAAAGGUCUCCGUGUUUCCCCAUUGAGAAUGAUAUUCGCUGUGGGCUUUUCAUAGAUGGGUUUUAUGUUAUUGAGGUAUAUCCCCUCUACCCCUAUACUGUGGAGAGUUUUAAUCAAGAAAGGAUGCUGCAUUUUGUCCGGUGCUUUUUCUGCAUCCGUUGAGAGGAUCAUACGGAUCUUGACCUUUCUUUUAUUAAUGUGAAGUAUCACAUUGAUUUGAUUUGCGAAUGUGGAACCACCCUUAGAGCCCAGGAAUAAAUCCCACUUCGUCACGGUGAAUACUCCUUUUAAUGUGCUGUUGGAUCCUAUGCGCUAGUAUUGUGCUGAGAAUUUUUGCAUCCAUGGGGUCUUUGUCUGUUUUUGGGAUCAAGGUCAUGCUGGCCUUAGAGAACAAGUUUGGAAGUUUUCCUUCCAUUUCUGUUUUUUGAAACAGCCUCAGAAGAAUAGGUAUUAGUUUUUCUUUGAAUGUUUGGUGGAAUGCCCCUGGGAAGCCAUGUGGCCCUGGACUCUUGUGUGUUGGUAGAUUUUUUGAUCACUGCUUCAGUUUCCUUGCUGGUUAUGGGUCUGUUCAGGUUUUGUAUUUCUUCCUGAUUCAGUUUUGGUGGCUUACAAGUUUCCAGGAACGCAUCCAUUUCUUUCAGGUGACCUCAUUUGUUGUCCUAUAGUUGCUGUGUGUGUUCUUAAGAUGGUUUGUGUUUCUUUGGUGUUGGUUGUGAUCUCUCCUCUUUCAUUCAUGACAUUAUUAUUUUGGGUCCUUUCCCCUUUCUUUUGGAUAAGUGUGGCUUGAGGUUCAUCAAGCUUAUUAAUAAUUUCAAAGAACCGGCUCCUGGUUUCAUUGAUUGUUCUACUGUUCUUCUGGUUUCUAUUUCAUUGUUUUCUGCUCUAAUCUCUAUAAUUUCUCUUCUCCUGCUUGGUUUCGGCUUUAGUUGCUGUUCAUUCUCCGGCUCCUUUGGGCGUAAGGUUAGCUUGUGUAUUGGAGACUUUCUGAUUUUUUGAGGAAAGCUUGUAUUGCUAUGUACUUUCCUCUUAGGACCGCCUUUGCUGGAUCCCAAAGGUUUUGAACGGCUGUGUUUUCAGUUUCAUUCAUUUCCAUGAAAUCUUUAAUUCUUCUUUGAUUUCCUGGUUGAUGCAUUCAUUCUUUCGUAGGAUGCUCUUUAGCCUCCGAGUGUUUGAGUUCCUUCCCUAUUUCCUGUUGUGACUGAGUUCCUGUUUCAAAGCAUAGUGGUCUGAAAAGAGGCAGGGAAUAAUCCCAAUCUUUUGGUAUCGGUUGAGACCUGAUUUGUGCCCCGGUAUGGGAUCUCUUCUGGAGAAUGUUCCAUGUGCCCUGUAGAAGAAUGUGUAUUCUGUUGCUUUAGGAUGGCAUGCUGUGAUGUACCUGUGAAGUCCAUCUGGUCCAGUGUGUCAUUCAGAGCCCUUGUUUCCUUGUUGAUCAUCUGCUUAGAUGAUCUGUGCAUUGCUGGGAGUGGGGUGUUGAAGUCCCCUACAGUUAUUGUAUGAUUCUCGUCGUGUUUCCUUCAUUUGGUUCUUAAUUGGUUUAUGUAAUUGGCUGCUCAAGUUAGGAGCAUAUAUAUUUAUAAUUGUUAGAUCUUCUCGUUGGGUAGGCCCUUGAAGUAUGAUAUAGCAUCCUUCUUCAUCCCCUAAUACAGUCUUUGGUUUAAAAUCUAAUUUGUCUGAUAGGAGGAUUGCUACCCCAGCUUUCUUUUGAGGUCCAUUCGCGUGAUCAAUGGAUCUCUACCCCCUCACUUUCGAUCUGGAGGUGUCUUUAGUUCUACAAUGAGUCUCUUGUAGAUAGCAUAUGGAUGGGUCUUGCUUUUUUAUGCAGUCGGAUACCCUGUGUCUUUUUUUUUUUUUUAAAUGAUGACUUUUUUUUUUGAAGAUUUUAUUUAUUCAUUUGAGACACAGAGAUACAGGGAGAGAGAGAGAGAGCGAGAGAGAGCAUGAGCAGGGAGAGAGGCAGAGGGAGAGGGGGAGAAGCAGGCUCCCCGCUGAGCCAGGAGCCCGAUGCGGGGCUCGAUCCCAGGACCCUGGGAUCAUGACCUGAGCCGAAGCCAGACGCUUAACCAUCUGAGCCCCCCAGGCGCCCCUACCCUGUGUCUUUUGAUUGGAGCAUUUAGCCCAUUUAGAUUCCGAGUAACUAUUGAGAGAGAUGAGUUUAGUACCGUUGUAUUACCUGUAUAGUCCCUGUUUCUGUAGAUCUUUUUCUUUCUGGUCCAGUGUUACUUUUGGGCUCUCUCUUGGCAUAGAGGAUCCCUUUUAGUAUUUCUUUCUUUCUUUUUUUUUUUUUUAAGAUUUUAUUUAUUUGACAGAGAGAGACACAGCGAGAGAGGGAACACAAGCAGGGGGAGUAGGAGAGGAAGAAGCAGGCUUCCCGCGGAGCAGGGAGCCCAGUGCGGGGCUCGAUCCCAGGACCCUGGGAUCAUGACCUGAUCUGAAGGCAGAUGCUUAGCCGACUGAGCCACCCAAGCGUCCCCCCCUUUAGUAUUUCUUGCAGGGCUCGUUUAGUGGUCCCAUAGUCUUUCAGUUUCUAUUUGUCCAGGAAGCCCUUUAGCUCUCCUUCCAUUCUGAAUGACAGCCUUGCUGGAGAAAGUAUUCUUGGCUGUAUGUUUUUCUCAUUUAGUACCCUGAAUAGAUGAUGUCAGCCCUUUCUGGCCUCCCAGAUCUCUGUGGAUAGGUCUGCUGCCAGCCUAAUGUUCCUACCCGUCUAGGUCAGGAACCUCUUGUCUUGAGAUGCUUUCCGGAUUUUCUCUUUAUUUCUGAAAUUUGCAAGCUUCGCUACUGUAUGUCAGGGUGCUGAUAUAUUUUUAUUGAUUUGGAAACGGGUUCUCUCUACCUCUUGAACUUGUAUGCCUGUAUCCUUCCCCAGAUUAGGAAAGUUCUCAGCUAUGAUUUGUUCAUAUAUACCUUCUGUCCCUCUUUCUCUCUCUCUCUUUCUCCUCAGGGCCUGCAGUAACUCCUCAGCGGGGAGUCUGCUUGCUUCAGGAUUUUUCUUUCCCUCUGCCCCUCCCCCCGCUCACUCUCUAAAAUAAAUAAAUCUUUCAAAACAAAAGGAAGAGAUCGAAGGAGGGAGGCAAGAUGGUGGCACGGUAGGGGAGCUCGUUUCAUCUGGUCCCUUGAAUGUAGCUAGAUAACUAUCAAAUCAUCCUGGACACCUCUGAAUUCAACCUGAGAUGUAAGGAAGGAAUUGCUGGAAUUCUACUAAUAGACAAGUGACCACUUUUUGCAAAGUAAGAGGUGCGGAGAAGUGAAUCUGCGGGGAUAUAUGGGAAGAUCCUCUGCGGGGAGAGGGAGCCUGUGUAAGCCGGCCACAGGCAAGUGAUACAGCCCCAGAGCGCAAAAUCAGAACCUUUAGAAAUCUUCUCCGCUAAGAGAUAGCCCUGCCUGAAAGGUGCUCUGGUGGCAAGGUGGGGCAGCAUCCAAGGUGGGACAGUGUGACCUCAGGAUCCCUGGGGUCACAGGAAGAACAGGGGUGCUUGAGCCGGCAGAGUUCCCAGGCACUGGAGUGGGGAAACUGGUUAGGGUCAGGGAGCAGGGGGGGUUCUCAACUCAGUUUGCCAUAAACCACGAACCACGGCUCAUCUGGGUGACAGCUAUUGUAUGCGGGUCCUGCACAGGGCAGACAAGGCGGCGCCCCUCUGCCUUCUCCCAGGAGGAUCGGUGCAGGCCCUCACCACAGGAGCCUGCAGACUUUGGCACACACAAAACUGAAGACCGCUUAUCCCUGACAGUUUACUGAAGAGAGGGGACCUCGAUCUUUUCGCUCCGGGCCUGGAAAUCGGGGCGUGGCCAUUUUUCUUUUCAUCCUCUCAAGUGGCCCAGAGAGCCUUCGGGGAAUAGAAUCACAUAGAGCAACUACAAGCAGUUUACACUGAGCCCGCCCCCCCCCCCCCCCCCCCCGCAAGGGGCGGUACAACUCCCCCCAGGCCAAGACACCUGAGGGUCAGCACAGCAGGCCACUCCCCGAGCAAAGCAGCUGGAAGAACAGGGGAAGAAGUUUAGGAGCCCACAGGAGUGCAAAACUCCAGCACUAGGGGAAAACAGUAAAUUGAAUUCAAAGGUUAUUUCAUGAUUCGUUUAUCUUGCAGUUUAAAAUUUUCCUUUUCUUUUUUUCUUCCCAACUAGUUUCUUAUUUUAUCAACUCUUUCAUUUUAAGUCGUUUUUGAUUGUCAUUUUCUACAUUUCCAUUUUUUAGAGAUAGUCUUCAGUUUUGCUUCCUUCUGCUACAUUCAAUUUUAUGUCUGUAUAUAUGUAACCUUGGUGAUUUUACACUUCUGGGAUUUAGUGUCUUUUAACAAACAGGCCAAAAUACACCCAGGAUUUCAUGGAGGUUUGACCACCUGGGAGAUAAUAUUCUCUCUUCUCCCACCCCCCAGCCACCCCCCACAUUUCUUUUUUCUUCUCUUUUUUGGUUUCUGACCUCUUCGGAUUUGACUAGUGUGUAUUUGCUUGCGUCGUGGUUGAUAUUUUUUAUGUUGCUCUCUUGUUCCUCCAUUCUUCUCUGGGCAAAAGGAAUAGAAGGAGGAAUUCACAACAAAAGAAAGAACCGGAGGAUGUACUCUCUGCCAUAGAUCUAAUUGAUAUGGACACAAUUGAGCUGAGCCUAAACCAAGAGUUGGCCGUUCAACUGACUGAGCCACCCAGCUGCCCCUCCAUUUGGUUGAAAUGAGAGAGACACAGUGAGAGAUGGAACACAAGCAGGCUUCCCGAGGAGCAGGGAGCCCGAAGCGGGGCUCGAACCCAGGACCCUGGGAUCAUGACCUGAGCCAAAGGCAGAGGCUUAACGACUGAGCCACCCGGGUGCCCCCGUCAUUUUAUUUUAUAUUCCUCUUAUUUUGGGGGGUGAAGUUGAAGAUCGUUUUUAUAUGUUUAAGAGCCAUUUAUAUUAUCUUUUACAGUGAACUGUCUGGUCAAGUAAGGAAUUCCUUUCUUGACCUUAGUAAAAUGAUAGUAACACUGUUAGGCUCUGAAGUCCUUUCUAUCAAGGCAGUGAAGGGAUUUGAGAUGGGAGGGUGACUUAGUCAGAUUGAGAAAGUGACCAAAUGACCACAGUCCUUGGGCAUGCAGGGAAUCCUCACCCUAAAGAUGGAGCCUAUGGGUAGAUUCUGUAAGAAAUGGAAAGAAAGUGCAAAGUGGUGGUUCCUGAGAAUAAGGACAUGGACCUUACUUGGAGCUGAGGGUGAACCCAGGCAUCAGGGAGAUGGGGCCAGGCCUGGCUAAGAGGCCUGAAAUCCUCUCUCCCAGGCUCCUGAGGCAGCUUUCCUAACCAGGGCUACAGAGGUGGGAACCCAAGUUGGGGCCCUGGGAGCUAGACGCCCCAGGCAGGGUGUCAGCCGGCCUUCCUUCCUUCUUCCUCUGCAUGGGCUGGCAUCUCCAGACCGGACCCCCUAGGAGAGGGCUUCCCAGGCAACAUGUGGUGAGCAUCUUUAAAGUUUUGUUCCAAUAAUCUCUCUGUUGUGGACGAUAUUCUAUAACAUACAUGAAAAAUGAUUUCCUAGAAAGAUAAAAUGCAAGAGACACAUCAAAUAGAAGCUCAAGUUAUUUAUGAGGAGAAUCAAUAGACGUAGAAUUCCUAUGUCACAUUGCAGUAAGUUUCUAAAUGCUACUGAAAUUUUGUUCUUAAAGUAGUUAUACUUUAAGCAACAGGGCUUUAGAACAGAUAUUAUCUUCCAUUUCCCCCACUUAGAACAGAUACUGUUUUCCAUUUUCCCCCCUUUUAUUCCUCAUCGCCUUCACUCCAGCUCCCCAACCCACAGCUGAACCAGUCCAUUUAUUCGGCAACGUUUGCUCAUGCCUUCCCCUCCCGCAGACGGUCUAUGAGGCCACUUUAUAAACAGGGGCUCUUACCCACACAGGAUGGAGAGGAAGGGAACGUGGUGGAAAUACGGCUUUUCUUUUCUUUUUUUUUUUUUUUUUUUGCUUUGACAUUUAUCUGCCCCAUUUCCUGACCCCAGAAUCUUAUUUUCGUCAUGAUCUCGCAUUGUUGAGUUUUCACAGAGUCUUGAGAGGCUUACACCUAACCAAGAGAAAGUACAUUUCCAAGAGGAACAUUUAGAUCUGAUUUUUCAUGUAAAACCCUUGUCUUUCUUAUGUAAAAUUAUGGGACUUUUUUUUUUUUUAAGAUGGUUAAUUCCACCAUCAAGUAGAUUGUACUUACUUGAGUUCAAACAGCUUUUUAAAAAAAAAAAACUGGGUGUUACACGCAAAUCAUGAAUCAUGGAACGCUGUAUCAAAAACUACUGAAGCACUAUAUGGUGAUUAACAUAACCGAAAACAAAAAACAAGAGAAUGUGAAAGUCACUCUUUCUCCCAUGAAGUCCACAGAUAAACCGCUGACCCCAAAGAAGAGCAGAAGAGUCCUCAUUGGCUCUUCUCCUGGGCUGGGCUCUGCAGGGAUGAUUUCCAACCUGACUGAGCGAUAGCUUGUCUCUGUCUCUCGGGAUAUUUUGCUCGAGUCCAUGGCAUCAGCCAGCUGCUGAAGGCAUUUCUACGGAAGACAGAAUGUCAUUAUCAAAUUCUAAAUCUUGGGGCUGGGGUAGAUACCACCUUCUGGAGAUUAAAGGUAAAUGAAAAUUCCCCUUCUUCUUUCCCGAAUUGUUUCAUUCGUGAAGGUGCCCGCCUGGUUCAAAAAUGUUAAAAAUAUAUUCAGAAGGAAUGCAGUGACUGCCUGUCUCGCGCCCCUGUCCCCAGCUGCUUGCACCUGCUGCCACCCUCAGCCACAUACGUGAUGUCCCCAGGGCCUCGCUGAAGGAUAGGUGCCUGGCUUCCCAUCCUUUGCUGUUGCAACAGGGGUUAUGAUAAAAAAAAGUCCUUGUAGACAUGUCCUCAGCACGUGUGGAAGAGCCCUGCCAGUGGAAUUGUGAGACCCAGAGCCCCUGCAUCUGCCAUAUUGACGAUAAGGAAGAGGUUUCCUUUUUUAUUAUGUUAUGUUACUCACCAUUCAUUACACCAUUAGUUUUUGAUGUAGCGUUCCGUGAUUCAUUGUUUGUGCAUCACACCCAGUGCUCCGUGCAGAACGUGCCUUCCCCAAUAUCCAUCACCAGGCUACACCAUCCUCUCACCUCGCUCUCCUCUAGAACCCUCAGUUUGUUUUUCAGAGUCCAUAGUCUCUCAUGGUUCAUCUCCCCCUCCCAUUUCCCCACCUUCAUUCUUCCCCUCCUGCUAUCUUCUUUUUUUUUUUAACAUAUAAUGUAUUAUUUCUUUCAGACGUACAGAUCUGUGAUGCAACAGUCUUACACAAUUCACAGCGCUCACCAUAGCACAUACCCUCCCCAAUGCCUUAUCACCCAGCCACCCCAUCCCUCCCACCCCCCACCACUCCAGCAACCCUGAGUUUGUUUCCUGAGAUUAAGAAUUCUUCGUAUCAGUGAGGUCAUACGAUACAUGUCUUUCUCUGAUUGACUGAUUUCGCUCAGCAUAACACCCUCCAGUUCCAUCCAUGUCUGAUAACGAUGAUUUUAUGGUCGUCAUGACAGUGUCCUCGGUACGGUUUGAGGAUGUGCAAGGCUGGGUGAUGGUGAUAUGAAACAAAGGCCUUUUGUAGCUGUUCCCUGAUUUGGUCCCUCACCUGCUCUGUUAGGGGGCAAGAACAGGUGUAUGUAACUACGCUCAUUGACGGGAAAGGCGACGGGUCUGGUUAGUGGCAGAACCAGGACAAUAGGACUGCAGCUCCUGCAAGUCCGGGUUCCUUCCCUGUUCUCUACACAGGGCCUUGUGCUUGUUCAGGGGAAUCUUUGCGGUCUGUCGAUUCACGGUGUGUGUGUACCUCAGGCCCCACGUCUGUGUCCCGUGUCAUAAGUCAUAAAGGCACAGCCACGGCGCUUACUAGGGCAGGUCCUGCUGGGAGAGUCUCCCGUGUAUGUAUUUCCUCAGGAAUCCUCACAACCCCGUGAGGUGCUAUCACUUUCUCUACUGUGCAGACGAGGAACGCUUGGCCCGGGGAGGUGAGUGACUUCCAGCGCCUCACAGCAGACACGUGGUGGAGCUGGGAUCGGAAGCCCAUUCCCCGGCUCCAGAGUGCCGGCCCUUUCCCCCCACCGUGCUCUCCUCUCACAGAAAAAGUAGUAGUACCACAAGCUGGUGCUCGCCCUCACAGUGUGGGGUGCUUUGUGAUAUUUGCUCUUGUAUCCUAUUUGAUCCCCUAAAUGCUGGUUCCCCCCCCGCCCCCCCCCCCACAGUGGUUUCCUGACCCUCCCUAAUCUGUCUCAGUCUGGGUUUUGGAAAAGUCUGUUAGGUUCUACUUCCCCAGCACCUCUCAGUGCGUCCCCACCUCUCAGUGUCCAUCCCCGUGGCGGCUGCCCCAGUUCAGGCUCCCCAUGACUUCUUCCCUGGACCUUCUUCCUGGAUGGCUGUGAGAUCCUCCUAACUUUUGUCCUCCGUCCGUUCUCCAUGCGGAGACCAAAGUCACCUAAAAAAUACAUUUCUGACCAUAGUGUUCGUAAUUUAAGGCGCUAAGUCCACCUUUGCUGUUUGGGGCCUAGUGUUCAGUCCAUGAAGAUGGUCGGUCAAUGUAUGAGGGAAUGCAGAAUUAGAAAACGUACUGUGUAUUUGUCCUCAGGAUGAAGAUCUUCUCCCAGGUAAGUAUUCUGAGGUCGACUUUCCAAUGAUAGUCACGAGAAAGCCGCACAGCACCACCGAACCUCACUGUGGGGUUGCUCACAAGGUCCUCGAUCUUGGGACGAGCACGUGGCCCUGCAAUGCUCUAUGAAUGGAGAACACACAGGAUGGACGUGCCAUGCACACACGUGCUUUGGUCAGACUGAACUCCCCUUUUGACCCCACUAUUGGGGAAAAAAAGAAGCAAAAGCUGUGGAAAACUCACACUUUCAUAUGUCUGCCAGCCUAAAGAGUAGGUCCAGUACAGCCACCUGCCCCAAAGACGUUGAAAGAUGUGCCCUAGAUAACGGGGCACAUGACAGUCACCUGCAGGAGCUCUCAGAACCACCCGUCGUUCCUGUUGCAGCAGCCUGAUGGUCUACCAAUUCCGGUCUGUUCUGUCAUUUCAUAAUCGAUCAUGUUUCCUGUCAAGCAUUAAAGCAGCCCCAAAGAAACCUGGAGAAGAAUCGGCUCCCAAAUCCAAAGGGAGAAAGGCUUUUUCAAAAGCUAUUCAAAAUUAAACUAAAAGUCGUCCCAAGGCGUUUCCACAAUUCUUUCCUCGCAGUUCCCAAUUUCUCAAUGUCAAGGUCUUGGGCAGUCCGGUCCACAGGGGCCCGGCUUUGGAGACAGCGGCACCUCUACAGUGCCUGGAUGGACGCCCGAACCUCGUAGGCGGAUCCGAUGGGCUCUGAUGGCCCCUUACUUAUUUAGUGCCAUGAGGCACUGGGAGGUGGAGGGUCUGCAGCGGCGGGGCGACCCGGAAAGCCUGAGGCCAUCGCCCGCAGAGCACAGCGUCCGCUCGGCCUGGGGCUCACUGGUUCCCGGAGUUUUCAGCCAGGGCAAAGCCCGGGGGAGGGCAGGGGAAGGCUCGGGUCCAGUGCGCCCAGGGCGAUGCUGGGUGGGGCCUGGACAGAGGGCGACGGGGACAGCCGACCCACCCAGCUGCUCCCCAGGGGCUCGGGCAGCGGCACCGAGCCGGGCUCCAGGUCUUGGCGUGGCGCAGCCCCAGGCCCAGACCCCGAGGCCUGAUGUGGGGCGGCGGCAAGGGACAGAGCGCGCGACCAGGAGAGCAGCCGGCCCUCCCGCGCCCGAGCCUGGUCUGGGCUCCUGCCGAUCCGGAUCGACGCGCUCGCCUGCCCACGGUCUGGUUGGUCAGCUGCUUCAUGCAGCUGGAUUGCUUCUUGCUGGCGGCGGCGGCGGGGGCCGGCACGGCCAGGGCCGGGCAGCUCGAGGAAUCGCCCGGGGGGAGGGGGGCCGACGUCGCUUCAUGUCCACCCGAGGCGGCAGUGGAAGCGGCUGUGGGCCCGGCGCCCCCCCCUCGCCGCCUCUCAUCCAGUGGCGCGGCAGGUCGGGGCCUUGGGAGGCCAGACCCGGGACGCGGUACCCAGCCCGUCCUCCACCCAGGGCGGGAACCCCGGGGCCGCCCUGUGCAGGGCCCGGAGGCCCCCUCUCGGGCACCGCCACCGCCGCCCGCGACCCCCUGCCGGGUCCAGCCGCACACCUCCGCGAGGCAGCGGAUGCGCGCAGCGCACGGAGCCACCGGUGAACCGCCAAACCCCGGUGUGGGACGCACUGUCCCCGCAGAGCUGGCAGGGCACGGAAGGACGGAACACUCUGGAGCCUCUGGAGGCUGGAAAUGCCCAAAGUCUCCUUGAGGGCCGUGCCUCUGCGCAGGUGUAGAUAUUUGUCAAAUGCACCUAGGAUCUGCUCUCCUAGGUGAAUGGAUGCAUUGCAUGCAUUGCAUGCAUUGCAUGCAUUUCCUGGGGGAAAGUCCAGGGCCAGAUGCAUUUUCUGUGGGCGGGCACCUGGGGGCAGUCAGGCAGGAGCACUCGCUAGGGGCCCACCCAGGACAGCCAGGAAGCAGGGGGAACAGGGGAAGGGGCCCAGCCCUGCGUGGGAAGUCGUGGGGCUGAGCGUCUGGGACCGGGACCGGUGGCCAGAGUCGGCCCUGGGAAGGCCCAAGGUCUCGGGCUUUCCUAGCAACGUGGCCUGCGCAGGGGAGGCGCGUGCCGGGCCCGCGCAGGCGUUGCCUAGAAACGCCUGUUGUCUUCUGAUUCUUAGCCUGGCGCAAGCAGGCGUUCUGGGACACUUGGCGGGGUAGUCCGACUGCGCUGGACGCUUUUCCACAGCGGACCGCGACAGUUAUAUGACCCGCGAAGAUGUGCUCCUGGGUUGGUGGCCUGGGCUCUGGCCUAGGCCAUUCCCAGGGAGGAGUGGAUGGCAGUGAGACUUCCUUGACCGGCUCCAACUCGGAUCUCACCAUGGACUUUGGUGAUGUCAUAUCAUCUCAGACAGAAAUCAAUAGACUCCUCAAUGAGAUCCAAAGACUGGAGGCUGAUCUUACACUUUGGAAACAUUUGUCCAAGGGACCGAAUAGCUCAGACUCCAAUGCCAUCUGGAAACUGAAGAGCACCAUCAGGGACCUAGAAGAGAGGCGGAUGAGGGAGAUCGAGGAACAUCAACUCGGAGUUGCGAUACUGCACAGUGUCCAUCAAGAAAAACUGGCCGACAUCACUGACAGGCACCGCAAACAACUCCUCGAGUAUGAAAGACGGAUAGAAGACCUGCAACAUCAAGAGUCUGCCAGUCAUGGGAAAGAUGACUUACUUCAAGAAAGGGAAACUGAGCUUAGAAGGUUGAAGCAACAACUUGCAGAAAUGGAGCGGCUGAAUGACCGUUUAAACAACGUUGCUUCUGAUCUCAGAGCAGAAAACCAAAAGUUGGUUUUGGCGCUCCAGGAUGUAAGACAUCAGCUGGAAGAAUCUAUUCUCCGGAACAACGAGGAUUCUCUGGAAAACAACACUGCUGUGAGGGCUUUAAAAAUAGAAAAAGGACGGUUAAUAGCAAAAUUGGCUCGGGCGGAAAAGAAGCUGUUGGAGGAAACAAACAAGGAUGAGCAAACUAUCAAAGAAUUGUCCCCUUUAGAGCAUGUGCAUUGCAUUCAACACAGUCAAGAGAAAGACCUGGAAAUAGUACACCUCAAAAAGAGGAUCGAGCAGAUGGACGCCGACCAUACAGAAACGAAGGAAAUGCUGUCCUCUGCUCUGGAGGAGCAGAAGCGAUUGACACAACUCGUUAAAGAGAAAGAGAUGUAUAUUGAAGAACUUACAGGAAGUCCAGAGCUUCAGGAGGAAUUCGGUCAGUCUACCCAAACCUUCAGAAGUAAUGACAUUUCCCAGCCAUCCGUGGAGGACAAAGACAGGUGUCUCCCAUCCGUGACAGGCGAAAAUCCUCAUCUGAGAGAAGAACUGGAGAGCCUAGGACAACAGAGUCGCUCUGUUCCUGCGCUCGACCCUAAAAUCCUAGACGAGAUCGUAGAACUGGAGUGUGAGGUGUUUCAACUCCAGGAGUUAAAGGAUGAUCUCGAGGAGGAAAUCAGAGAGCAGCAGAAGAUCAUUCACAACCAGCAGCAGGGGAAGAUAGGACUGCUUCAUUCUUUACAAGAGCAGAAGCAGAAAGUGGAGCAGCUCCAAUACCGGCAGGAGCAGAUGAAUAUUGAACACGCUCAGCUCCUUUCAGCGAAAGACGAGGAGAUUCAGCAUUUGCAGGACACGAUAGAACAAAUGAAAGCCCGGUUGCCUGACAAAAGCCAGCACAUUCCGACAGAAGACUGUGAUGAUGUGGAAGUCCCAACCAGUCAGCCUCUUCCCAGACAAAAUGCAAGUGAAAAGCUUGAUUCACGUGAAGCCGAAACUCAAAGAUCAGUCCUAGGAAUGAAAGAACACGAACUGGAGAUGAAGCUUCUAACUGAACAGAACAUCCGACUGACGGAACAGAUGGAUCGGCUCUCCAAAGAGGAGAUUGGUAAACUAACUCAGAUUAUCCAGCAGAAAGACUUGGAGAUUCAGGGUCUUUCCAGCAGGAUCUCUGCGGCUUCUCACAGCCAGAACGGGGACGUGGAGCGACUUCAGCGGCAAUUGCAAGAGUACGCUUGGAAAAGCGAACAGGUCUUGGCGGUCUUAAAUGAGAAAACGAGGGAGAACAGCAAUCUGAGGACAGAGUAUGACAAAAUGGCGGAUAGGAUGGCUGCCACAGAAGCAGACCUCCGGCGGAUGCAAGAGGAAAAUCAAAAACUGUCCACUAGAAUGGACAGUAGUGGUCAGGAGAUGUUUAGAGAAACGAUUCAGAAUUUAUCACACAUCGUUCGAGAAAAAGACCUCGAAGUGGAUGCGUUAAGUCAGAAAUGUCAGACUUUAUUGACACUCCUGCAACCCUCCAGCCCUGGUAAUGAGGUUCGAGGCGUUCAUAUGGAUCAGUUCAAGCAGCUUCUACAGGAACGGGACACAUUAAAACAGCGAGUGAAGAUCAUGGAAGAGUGGAAACAGCAGGUGAUGACCACAGUCCAAAAUAUGAAGCGUGAGUCACCCCAGCUUGAGAGAGAGCUGGCACAACUCCAGGCGCGGGCUUUCACCAGCAGCGAGAAGGAUUCUGAACUACCGACGACCUCUAGUGACCUGAUGCAGACGUACAAAGGCAAUGAAAUAAAAUUACAACAUUUAGAGAAGGAACUGGCACAAAUUCAGCUCAGCAUCGGGGAGCUUUGCAAUGCCAAGGAUCUCCUUCUAGGGAAACUGGACGUGAUUUUCCUCGAGCCCUCCCCCGACUGCUCAGAGUCAGCGGACUCUCUGGAGCCCGUGAAAUCUGACAGAGUGGGUGAGGCUUCUGAGUUGCUCCAAGUGGAGGUAGAAGAGCUGAGAAAAUCAAUGCAAGAAAAAGAUAGGAUGAUUCGAACCCUCCAGGAAGAUAAGCAGAGAUGGACUGAUUCAGUGGCUGCCACGUGGGAAGGAGAAGGCCCAGAACAGGAACACAGGGAUUCCGACAUCGAGCAGCUGAAGGAGAAACAGGCCGUUCUACAAAACUUCAUUCGGGAUCAGGAGCUCCGAAUCCAAGCGAAAAGUGAGGACUUGCUUUCUUUGCAGGAGAACUUCCGUAGCCAAGUGAGUGAAAAUGAACUUUUGAGGCAGACGGUCAGCAAUCUGAAGGAGAGAAUAGCAGAGUUGGAAAUGGUUGUGUGUCAACCGAGAGAGGAAAAUGCGAAAGUCGAGGAAAACUCUCGAGAAAAGGCAGUGGGAGAUGAGGCACUGCAAGAGACAGAUAGGCUGCUUUCAGUGAUGCGGAGAGAGGAGGAAUCCCAGGGUGCUGCGAUGAAAGAGAAGGCACUUGCUUUGGAGCAACUAUCGCAAGAGAGAGAAGAGCACGAGACCGGGGUAUUGAACCGGCCGGUCAGUGCAGUUCCAUCAAUGCAGGGAAAGACAGUUCUGUGCCAACAGGGGAGAGAUGAAGUCCUGUUGGCCCUGACACAGAAACAAAUGGAAACCUGUGCCCUCCAGAAGGAGGUUCGCCAUUUACGUGAGAGCGAAUUACGCCUAACCCAGGAGCUGGAGAGACGGCGACACCUCGCUCUAGAAGCCGAAGACGGUCAUCGCCGGGAAGCUCUGGCCUCAGAAGACAAAGUGGCUCAACUCAGGAAGGAAGUGACGGUCUUGCAGGGAAGACUCGUUUUGUCUUCCACUGCCAUGGAAAAUGCCAGCCGAGGAGCCAGUCUGCAGGUAGAGUCGCUGCAGGAGCAACUGCACGUGGUGACCCAGCAGAAGGAGGACACCGCGCUCCAGCUUGCUGCCUCGCAGGAAGAAGGAAGGCAGUAUGGUCACAUCCUAGCUGACCUCAAGUUGGAACUCGCCGAAUGGAUGGAAAAGGCAGACAGCCUCGAAGGAAAACUGAAGUCAUUGCAGGGACGAUUACAUAAAACAAAUGCUGACUUGGAGCUGAAGGAAGACCAACUCCAAGAAUUCCAGAAACAGAAUGAGGUCCAGCAGGAAAUCCUGGAGGACACACAGAAGAAACUGAUGAACUUAGUCAGUAAGUCCGAAGGAAUGGUGGACAAAACCCUACUAAGGAGACUCUUCCUGGGAUCUUUCCAAGCCCCUGACGCUGAACGGCAGGAAGCCUUAAGGUUGAUGGGAAGCAUGCUGGGGAUCCGAGAAGACCAGAUGCGGCAGCUGUUCAGUGAAGGGCCAGGUGGUGGUACCAGCUGGAUGAGUCGGGGGCCUGGAUCCAAAAGCGCCCCCAACACACGUGUGAAGCCAAAUCACCGACCUAUGGCCAAGAAUUCUUUUUCAGGGCUUUUCGUCCAGUUUCUAGAAGCGGAAUCUCAUUCAGCUUUGCCACCACCAAAGCCCUCUGCUCAUGACGUGUAGCCCCCAGAUUCCGGAGGAAGGGGAAAACUGGCUAUGAAACAAGGCCCAGCACGUCUGAACACUACCCUAGCAUCCACAUCCCGGAAAAAAGAUGUGAAGCCCCGCACCACAACUGUGUCUCUUAUUACCCCUCCUGGACCGGAAGCGGAUGGAUCGGAGCACCUUCUUCUAAAUGCCGUCACUGAUGCUCUGCCCACGUACGCACCCCAAAUACUGUCACCUGCCGAGAAGGUUGGAAUGGCGGUCAAAGGCCUCUCAAAGAAAUAGAGGAUUCUCAAGCCAGAGAUGAGACAGUGCUCGGAAGACCCCAAGUCACUCUGUGUGUUUACCUAAUCCCAAAAUGUCCUUUUGCAAAACGUAAUAUAUUUGCAGUCUUGCUUUCAGCUUAAUAAAAAUAUUCUUUUAUGAGUUAACAAAAAAA